UAUGGCCAAAAAGGGUGGUGUUCAACAACUGCAAACCGAUAUAUCCAAUGAUGAAGAUUUUGAAAAGUUUUUAGAGAAGCCAGGAUUAUUGGUUUUAGAUGUUUGCUCGGAAUGGUGUGGCCCUUGUCUGGGCAUGGUGGGCAGUUUGAAAAAGGUCAAGCUUGAAGUUGGUGGUGAUAAUUUGCAGUUGGCCAUUUGUAAAUCCGAUCACAUAACAGCCUUGGCCAGAUUUCGCAGGAAAAGUGAGCCCACAUGGUUGUUUGUAACGGGUGGCAAGGCGGUUAAUCUUAUGUUCGGCACAAAUGUCCCCAAACUAAUGGCAAUGAUUGUCAACGAACUAAAUCUCGUGGGUAAUAAAAAUCGACGAUUUUAUGAAAUCACCGAAUUACAACCGGAAGAAAUUACUCGCCGAGAAAUUGUCGAGCGGGACGAAGAAGCAGCCCGCAAAAUCGAAGCUGCCGUUGCGGAAAAGAAACGCUUGGCGUAUUUAAAGUAUGUAACCGAUACGAUUAUGGAAAAUCUAAAUGAUAUGGGUGUAACGUUGUUUGGUCCGCAAGUAAAUCGUGAUAUGUUUAAGAAAAUAAUGGAACCGGCAGAUAUUUUAAAAAUUCAAUGUAAAGAUCGUAAGGUGACGCAGAUUAAUCGUGAAGAUUUUAAAAUCAUACAUCACGAUUGUACGAACCCCAUUGAUGAGGAUAUUUUGAAGCAGUUGGAGGGAAAGGAGCUGUUGUUGUGCUAUUGGAAAAUACCCGGUGAGGGGGAGGAGGUACCGGCAAUAUUAAAUGAAUAUGCCAAGGAGUUGACGAAAACGGAAACCAUACCGCCCGAUGAAUUCAAUGAAGAGGAACAGAUAAAGCCACCAAUUGUGCCGUCGCUUGAGGUUGUGGUGGAAUAUGAAGUGACGGAUGAUGAGGCUGAUGAUGCGGAGGAUGUUCCUGAAACCCCUAUUAACGAGGAAGCUCCUUUGGCCCCUGAGGUAGAGGAGGCAGAAAAAGAGUUGGAGGAAAAUCCCGAAGAAAAUCAUAAUGAUAACCCCGAAGAACCGGAUGAAAACCUUGCCAUUGAGGACCUGAAUUUAGAAGCUGUCGAUGAACCCGGUUUGGAAAUGGCAACCGAAGAUUUAAAUUUACAAUUGGAGGAUUUGGAAAAAGAAAUCGUGGUAGAGAACAACGAAAAACCUUCCGACGAAGCAAAGAAGGAAUCGGAGAAAAACAAAAAACGACGGCUCUGCAGCAAAACAUUGCAGCUCCCGGCAAUUUGGGUACCCAAUGAUCAACGUACCCAUGCGGCACUGAUUUAUAUUUAUUUUCGCAAUCAAACUGGGAAUUUUCUACCACCAGAUCCCGAACCGGAACCACCCUACAUUAUUAUGUCAUUCGAUACAUAUAAGAAACGAGAUUUGAUACCUAUGGCCGAUGUCCGCAAGGAAUUUAUACCAAUGUAUGGGUUCUUUACCAGCGAUGAUCCUGAUAAGGCGGAAUAUAUUACCAACUCCGUGCACAAAUAUAAAGUUCAGACGGCUAACGACAAAUUGAUAAUGAAGGUAAACAAAAGUUCCGAAGAAACGGUACUGGCCUUGGUUUCGUAUUGUCCCAGUUAUGUUAGUCCGAAUAGUGUGGUCGGUAUGGAGGAAGCUAAUAAAUUCUUUCCUGCGACAUAUAAGACCCUGGAACAAGAGGAAGCUGAGGCUGCAGCCAUUGCUGCGGAAUUGGCAAAGAAAAUACGCAAGAAAAAGGAACGCCGUAAGAAGGAGGCCCAGGAAGUACCAGCGGAAAAAGAAACUGAAGUUGAUGGCACCCAUGCAUCGAGUGGGGAGGAGGAGAGCGGUGAGAGUACAUCGGCGGAGGGAGAAGGUGAUGCUGUGGCCGGUAAUCAGGAAGGUGGUGGAGAUUGA